GGAGGGCCGCGAGCUGCGGAGCCGAUUAUCCUCCCCGUCCUCUCUCUCUCUCCUUCCUCCAUCGCGUUUUGUUUUCUCCCCACCUCCUCCCGCCAGCCGAGGGCUGCAGCCGCCGCCGAGAAGAUGAACAAGCUCUACAUCGGCAACCUCGGCGAGAACGUCAGCCCGCUCGACCUGGAAAGUCUCUUUAAGGACUCCAAGAUCCCCUUCUCGGGCCAGUUCCUGGUGAAGACGGGCUACGCCUUCGUGGACUGCCCCGACGAGAGCUGGGCCAUGAAGGCCAUCGAGGCGCUUUCAGGUAAAGUGGAGCUGCACGGGAAACUCAUAGAAGUUGAGCAUUCAGUCCCUAAAAGACAAAGGAGUCGGAAACUUCAGAUCAGAAACAUCCCGCCUCACUUGCAAUGGGAGGUGUUGGACAGUUUGUUAGCUCAGUAUGGAACAGUGGAGAACUGUGAGCAAGUGAACACUGACACAGAGACUGCAGUUGUAAAUGUAACAUAUGGCAAUAAGGACCAGGCUAGACAAGCAAUAGAAAAACUGAACGGGUUUCAGCUUGAAAACUAUUCCUUGAAAGUUGCGUAUAUCCCUGAUGAAAUGGCGGCACAGCAACCUCCGCAGCAACAUCCCCAGGGACGGCGUGGAUUUGGACAGAGGGGCCCUCCAAGGCAGGGCUCACCCAGCGCAGCCGCGCGGCAGAAACCACAGUCAGACGUUCCUCUACGGAUGUUGGUCCCCACGCAGUUUGUUGGAGCCAUUAUUGGGAAAGAAGGAGCAACCAUCAGAAAUAUUACAAAGCAGACUCAGUCCAAAAUUGAUAUUCAUCGUAAAGAGAAUGCAGGUGCUGCUGAGAAACCAAUUACCAUUCACUCAACUCCUGAAGGCUGCUCAACAGCUUGUAAAAUCAUUAUGGAGAUCAUGCAAAAAGAAGCUCAAGAUACUAAAUUUACGGAAGAAAUUCCUCUGAAGAUACUGGCACACAACAACUUUGUUGGUCGGCUUAUUGGCAAAGAAGGAAGAAACCUGAAGAAAAUUGAGCAGGACACAGAUACUAAAAUCACGAUAUCUCCAUUGCAGGACUUGACACUCUAUAAUCCGGAAAGGACCAUUACAGUUAAAGGCAGUAUUGAAACUUGUGCCAAGGCCGAGGAAGAAAUUAUGAAGAAAAUCAGGGAAUCCUAUGAAAAUGAUAUUGCUGCUAUGAAUCUUCAAGCACAUUUAAUUCCUGGAUUAAAUCUGAAUGCCUUGGGUCUGUUCCCACCUUCUUCUUCAGGAAUACCACCUCCUGCAGUGAGUGUUGCCUCUGCUGCUGCUGCUGCUUCAUAUCCACCAUUUGGGCAACAGCCCGAAUCUGAGACUGUUCAUCUGUUCAUCCCAGCCUUGGCAGUUGGAGCUAUUAUUGGCAAGCAGGGACAGCACAUCAAACAACUUUCUCGCUUUGCAGGUGCAUCUAUUAAGAUUGCCCCUGCUGAAGGACCAGAUGCCAAGCUGAGAAUGGUUAUCAUCACUGGACCUCCAGAAGCUCAGUUUAAGGCUCAAGGGAGAAUCUAUGGAAAACUUAAAGAAGAAAAUUUCUUUGGACCUAAAGAAGAAGUGAAACUUGAGGCUCAUAUAAAAGUGCCAUCCUAUGCUGCUGGUAGAGUUAUUGGUAAAGGAGGCAAAACAGUAAAUGAGCUUCAAAACUUGACAAGUGCAGAAGUUGUAGUCCCUCGUGACCAGACACCUGAUGAAAAUGACCAGGUGGUUGUGAAAAUAACUGGUCACUUCUAUGCAUGCCAGCUUGCUCAGAGAAAAAUUCAGGAAAUACUGGCUCAGGUAAGAAGGCAGCAGCAACAGCAAAAAACAUUGCAAAGUGGACAGCCUCAGCCAAGACGAAAAUAAAGGUUUAGGAAAUGGCCCAUCAGAGACAGAUGCCAGACCAAAGACAGACUGUGCAACAGAGAGACGGGUGGUGAGCACCUGUUGAAGUUAUAUGCAGAAGAUCCACCAAGCCAAUCACCUGUUCGAGGACCAGGCAACCGCUGAACGCUGUCUCUGAGAAUGUAUUCUUUAGGCUCUCUCAAACUUUUGAAACCCAGCUUUAAAAUAAGGACCCCUUCACUUCCCUUUUGUUCUAUUCUCACAAUUUAACAUAAACUCGUUAGUCUUUUUUAUUGUUCUUAUUAUUCCCCAACAAUUUUAGAACUUGGUUUAAUGAAGCUUUCUCUUCUGAGUUCACUGGUUUAAAAACAAAAAAAAAAAAAAAAAGAAAAAAGAAAAAAGGAAAAAAAGAAAAGGCAUUGCUCUUAUAGGUCCAGCGGUAAA